AUGAAGAAGGCUGUUAUAGCAGACUACUUUGGAAUACAUUCUAAAUAUAACGGAAGCAGCGAUUAUGAUAUUGCGAUUGGUCGAUUCGUGGUCAGAAGCGAGGAACGACCUCGGGCAUGCCUGCCUACGUCGGAUGACACUCUGGGGAACGGCAUGCUACUGUACUACAUGGUUUUUCGUCGUAAAAAUAUCAUAUCGCGAAAAUACAUGUCCCAUACGUACGGCAUUCUCUUCCGAAUCAAUGAACUCAAAGCAUUAGUCAGAUACAGUGUCGCUGGAAUUUCAAGUCUGAACGAGCCCGUGGCUGACGACUGGAAUAGACCUACUCUUCAGCCAGUAAACGCGACCAAAGGCAGUCAACAGAGAGUGAAUAAAUGCCAUUUAAUGGGCAAUGCGGAUGUUCAGUGGUUUGGCCCGUGGAUACAAGGUGCGAUACAAUACAUCGAGCAACACUGUUUCGCGUUCUUCCAUUUCAUCGGCAAGUUUCAGGGUGUCAAGGAGUCCGGGUAUGAAGGCCAACGUAUCCUUCUUCAGUGCCCAUCGAGCGAGAGUUGUCAAAAACUGUGGACUGUUCGUUUCGCGCAGUGA